AUGGAGGAACCUUUUGAGCCAUUGCCAGAGCUUCAUCACCACCUGUUUCUCAGCGAUCAUUCCGGUGAUCCUGCAGUCAAGGACUUCGUCCCUAAACUCAAAAACCAUUUACUGUCUCACAUACUUGGUUUCAAGUAUGAUGGUAAUGAGUGCCAGUUCUCUGACUCAGAGAGAAACAAUCUAUGCUUCAUCAACAACCUUUCUCGGGACCAGGAUUCCAUGUGGCCAGGACAUAACUGCACUGUUAUGACCUUGGCUAGGGAAGAAGGUGAACACACCCAUCUUUUUUGGUGCUACAUACAGGGCCACAAGCUCAAAACUGUUCCUCUCAAACUUUGGAGGUUCUCUAGUUGUCACCUUAUUCCAGCCUUUGCGGAGGGUCGUUCAGAUGCUCUUCUCAGCCGUGGCAAUCUAUACCUCAUGCUGGACCUCCUUGGAGAGUAUGACUGGAGGACUUCCUUAUAUGAUGAGGAUGAUGACCUGCAAUACUUGGAAGACAAUCUAGGGAGGAAAAAACUUAUCAGCCAUUUCAGCAACUGCUUUGCUGGGUCCCAUGCAUCCACAGCCUCAUCUCAUCUCAAAGCAAUGGACAUCAACUCAAUGUCAUUUAUCAGAAGUACACUCAACAUGAUGGAUAUUGACAGAGACUCAGAAAAUACUAUGGACAUCAUUUAUCAAGCCAAAGAUGAUCAUUUGAAGGGAGACAACGAAAGUCUCAUGGAUGUCAAUAACACUCAGAUCGGUCAAGACAAUGAAGAUCUUAUGGAUAUUAAUAACACUACUGGUCAAGACAAUGAAAGUCUUAUGGAUGUCGACUCGAAUAACACUCAGAUCGAUCAAGAAGUGGGAGACAAUGAAGAUCCAAUGGACGUCGAUGACAUUCAGACCGUUUAUUGCUGCCAUGAAUGCAGGCAGCAUUUGCACGAAUUCUAUCAGACCAUGAUAUACAAGAACUCGCCUUUGGUAUGA